CCUGGAGACCUUGGACCCUCUCCACCAACUGCUAAGACUGCCCUCCUCCUGGCAGAAAGACACAAUGACCACAUUAUUUCCCUUCCAGCUUCACGUUACAACAUGGAAGCCAUUGCCAAGUUUGAUUUCAUGGCCUCAGGAGAGGAUGAACUGAGCUUUCACGCUGGAGAUGUUCUGAAGAUCUUAAGUAACCAAGAGGAGUGGUUCAAGGCGGAGCUUAGGAGCCAAGAAGGAUACGUGCCCAAGAAUUUUAUAGACAUCAAGUUUCCUGAAUGGUUUCACGAAGGCCUCUCACGACACCAGGCAGAGAGCUUGCUGAUGGGCAAGGAGGUUGGUUGCUUCAUCAUCCGGGCCAGCCAGAGCUCCCCAGGGGACUUCUCCAUAUCCGUCAGGCAUGAGGAUGACGUUCAGCACUUCAAAGUCAUGAAAGACAACAAGGGUAGUUACUUCCUGUGGACAGAGAAGUUUCCAUCCCUCAACAAGCUGGUGGACUACUACAGGACGACUUCCAUCUCCAAACAGAAGCAGAUCUUUCUGAGGGACAGGACCCGGGAGGAACAGGGUCAGCGGGGCAACAGCCUGGACUGGAGGUCCCAGGGAGGCCCACCCCUGAGUGGGACUGUGGGAGAAGAAGUCCGGCCUUCGAUGAACCGGAAGCUGUCGGAUCACCCCCCCCCCCCCCCCUCGCAGUUUGCCCCCGCACCACUGCCACCACAGCAGCGGUACCUGCACCAGCAGCAUUUUCAUCAGGAACGCCGUGGAGGCAGCCUGGACAUAAACGAUGGGCACUGUGGCAUAGGCAACAGCAGCGAAAUGAAUGCCGCCCUCAUGCACCGGAGACACACAGACCCCGUGCAACUCCAAGCAGCCGGGCGAGUGCGGUGGGCCCGGGCGCUGUACGACUUUGAGGCUCUCGAAGAUGAUGAGCUGGGGUUCCACUGCGGAGAGGUGGUUGAGGUCCUGGACAGCUCCAACCCAUCCUGGUGGACCGGCCGCCUGCACAACAAGCUGGGCCUCUUCCCUGCCAACUACGUGGCCCCCGUGAUCCGAUGAGGCCCUUCUGGAGGGCUCGGAAGCUUUUGUCUGAAGCU